GAUUCCACAGAUGCAUAGCUCCGCAGUGCAUUUUGCGUACAAUUUGUGCCACAGUCGUCUGGCGACAAGUGAAAUAAUCGAUCGUUGCUUUUUCUUCUAGCUUAAAUAGAAAGAUCGCGCGAAAGUAAAGUUGCAUUCUGGCAAGAAUUCGGGUGUGUGAGUGUGUAUUACGUUUAACAAUAAAAUAGUUGCAAUCAGAGAAUAUUCACACUAAACGUUUGACCUUCCGUUCCGUUUGCCUUUUUUUUACUUUCGCGGUUUCGGUGUAAUUAGAUUAUGACUGUGGCUACGUCAUAAAUGUCUGCAUUGGUUUCUUUAUGUUUGCUGAAGAUUGAAUUAGUAGCCGACAUAAGUCGCAGCCAGUCGACGGUUAUGUUGGGCUCUUCGGAAUCCGGAUCCGCCUGCGAUGACGCAGCGACGGGUGGCAGCAUAGUUGGCGAUGAAGCAGCUGGUGCGGUGUCGAACGAACAUCCCAACAAUCCACGCCUGCAGCGAGAGAUGCGGGGCCAACGGAAGCCGAAGAAAAUCACGAUCGAAAGCUAUCGGAAUCGGCUCCUGGAUGGUGGACCGAUUCCAGCAGACGAGUAUCGUGGCAUCCUGCCAAAGAGCUCGCGCGAACAGACACCGAUGGACGAGGUGCCACCGCCUUCCGCCACAGAGAUACUGGGAGAGAUAAACUUCUUUUCCGGCAAUCCAUUCGUGGAAGUCACGAAAGGAAUCCUGCACCUUUUCAAGCGGAACGAACGAGCGGAUAUUUCGGAAGGUGGUGUAUCGAAAACGCUUUGUUUGAUUGCCGUACCAUCGUCUCUUAAUUGCCACGAUAUACUCAACUUUAUCGCACCAUGUCAGAAGGAGAUCCAGCAUGUGCGAAUUCUGCGCGAUGGUUCGCCAAACCAAUUUAUGGUGCUUCUCGAGUUCCGCUGCAUAGAGGGAGCAAUCGAAUUUUACAAAACCUUUAACGGAGCGCCCUAUAACAGUCUUGAACCGGACACCCUAUGCCAUGCCGUUUGGGUGUCAAGCGUGGAGUGGGGUCUGGACGAUUGUUGCGUAACCCCGCAAGGACACACCGAGCUUCCGUCGUGUCCUGUGUGUCUUGAGCGCAUGGACGAAAGUGUGGACGGUGUGCUAACGAUCCUGUGCAACCACGUGUUCCAUGCCGGGUGUUUGAACAAGUGGGGAGAUUCGACAUGUCCCGUGUGUCGAUGCGUACAAACUCCAGAACUUUCCGAACAGUCCGUUUGCAUGGAGUGUGAAGGAACGGAAGCGCUUUGGAUCUGUCUAAUCUGCGGACACAUCGGAUGCGGUCGAUACCAGGGAGGUCACGCAGCGUCACACUAUCGGACGACUAACCAUACGUACGCCUUGCAGCUGGGUACGAAUCGUGUGUGGGAUUAUGCGGGAGAUAAUUUCGUUCAUCGAUUGCUGCAAAGCAAAUCGGAUGGGAAGCUCGUCGCCACCCAAUCGCCCGGUGGAGAAGAUGGAGAGGAAAAGAUCGAUUCGAUGCAGCUGGAAUUCACUUACCUGCUUACAUCGCAGCUCGAUGCGCAGCGGGAUUAUUACGAGGAACGUUUGUCCCGGCUCGAGUCGAUCGUCGGUGGCGAAAGACAGAAGCUGCAAGAAGACAACGAGCUAGCGAAGAAAAAGACCACAGAGCUGGAAGUAAAAUUGCACGCGCUAACGAAAGAGAAAAAUGGCUUAGAAAGAAAGAUCACGCAAUUAACAUCAAAGCUGAGCACCGUGCUAGGUGAGCUUGCCGAGGAGAAACAGUUUGGGAAAACGCUACAAGCCAACCAAAUUACUUGGCAAACCAAGUUCACCACAUUGGAGAAACAAUGUUCGGAGAAGGAGCAAGAAAUUGUCGAACUGAAGGAGCAGGUGCGUGAUCUUAUGUUCUACAUGGAAGCACAGAAUACGAUUGCCGGUUCGGAAUUAAAAAGUGAAUUGGUUGACGGAACAGUAGUGCUUCCGGCCGAUGCUGUGGCGGCCGCCUCGUCUCUUUCCUCCCACAGUGGACUAGCUAUGGGUACUAGUGGUAAUGGCGGUAAAUCGUCCAAGCGUCGCCAAAGGAGAAAGUAAAAGCUCACCCGAACAGCCAACGCGUCUGUUCACAUCAUUCACAUAAGCUGCGCACAGUUUUUUCGAGCUAUAGCUACACGUUCGAUACGAUGGAAUUUUGAAAUUGUGAUAAAGUUUCUUCGCGUUUUUUUAUUUCCUUCGCCAAUUAAUUAUAGAAAUACAGUAACGCAAAGACUUGUGGAAAAAGUGCAGAAUAA